AUGAAAAUUCCUGAGGACCAGAAAUACUGAGAUUUAUGUGCUUCAAUUUGCUUGAUUAAUACUAUAGUAGAAUAUCUUUAUAUUGAUGAUGCAGGCCAAAUUAGCAAUUUAAUGCAAAUAGAGCAAGCUCUAAAAGAUUCUCAAAAGUUUAACUUGAAAGAAGAUUCAAUAAAACAGCUGUGAGAUCAGGCUAAAAUGAAAAAGAUAUGAUUUGAAACUGGCUCAACAUUAUUUUGAAUGAUAGUGAUCUAUGAAAUUUGCUUUUUUAUCAAGAACAAAAUAAAACUUAGAUUUCUUUGGUAA